AUUUUUAUUUAGGUAUUUAUUUAUUUAUUAUUAUUAUACUUCAAUUUUUUGUUUAUGAUAUCUGUUGUGAAGGACAAAACGUUCCUGAAAUUAUUAAAAUUAGAAGCAACACCUUGACUUAUAUUUCAUUUUUCAACAUUCCAAAGAGUUAAGUUGUUAAUAGUGUAUAUUAAUUUAUCAAAAAAAAAUCCAACAUCAUUCCAUAAAUUAAUAGUUGAAUUAAAAAUAUCUUCACUAUGACUACAAAAACACCUGAAUUAUCAGUUCCAAAUGCAAUUAAAUUUUUAAUUGGUGGAACAUCUGGAAUGAUGGCAACAUGUUUUGUUCAACCUUUGGACUUAAUUAAAAAUCGUAUGCAAUUAAGUGGUACCAAAACAUCAACAAUGUCAAUUGUCUCAUCAAUUGCUAAAAAUGAAGGAAUUUUAGCAAUGUACUCUGGACUUUCAGCUGGACUUAUGAGACAAGCAACAUAUACAACAACACGAUUAGGAAUUUAUACUUGGCUUUUUGAGAUUGCAUCAAAAGAUGGACAACCAAAUUUUUUUACAAAAGCUGCUUUGGGAAUGGCAGCUGGAUCAGUUGGAGCAUUUGUUGGUACUCCAGCUGAAGUUGCAUUGAUUAGAAUGACUGCUGAUGGACGUCUUCCAAUUUCUGAACGAAGAAUGUAUAAAAAUGUAUUUGAUGCAUUAUUUCGUAUAAUCAAAGAAGAAGGAGUAUUAACAUUGUGGCGAGGUGCUAUACCAACAAUGGGCAGAGCUAUGGUUGUUAAUGCUGCUCAAUUAGCUUCAUAUUCACAAGCAAAACAAGCUCUAAUUGAUACUGGAUAUUUUCAGGAAAAUAUUAUGCUUCAUUUUGUUAGCUCAAUGAUUUCUGGAUUAGUAACAACAGCUGCUUCAAUGCCAGUUGAUAUUGCAAAAACUAGAAUUCAAAAUAUGAAAAUGAUUGAUGGAAAACCAGAAUACAAAGGUGCUAUUGAUGUUUUGGGAAAAGUUAUUAAAAAUGAAGGAAUAUUUUCACUUUGGAAAGGUUUCUUUCCUUAUUAUGCAAGAUUAGGACCACACACUGUUCUUACUUUUAUUUUCCUUGAACAAAUGACAUCAUCAUACAAGCAAUAUUACUCAUAAUUAUUGUCUUUAUCAAGAUAAAGUCCAAAAAAAGAGAAAUAUGUUACUUUUAUGAUUUAGUAUUUGUCAAGAAAAAGAGAAAAAAGAUAUACUUGAUUUGAUAAAAUAUAAUUGUUUAUAGUGCAUUUUCAAAGGAACAAAAAAAAAAAAAAUAUAUUUAUGUUAAUCUUGUUAAAAAAUAACUAAUGUUAUUUUGGAUAAGUAUAUAUAUAUUUUUUUUUAACAUUAAUUAUCUGAAACGACACAUUCUUCCAACAUUCGAAUAAAUAAAUAUUUCGAGGUCGUCAGGUACGACUUUAGCUAUAUUAUUUUUGUUAAUAAUUAUUGUAUUGUUAACAAUAAAUUCGGUAGCAUCUAUUUAAAAAUAAUGUUAAAUAUUAAAACUAAGACAAUAAUAUCGAGAAUUAAAGUUAUUAAAAACUCUAAAGAGUUAUUUUGUUGUAAUUAAAUAUCUUGAUUAUUUUUUAUUAAUAAUAAAUUAUCAAAAAUAAUUUUAUUGA